AUGCUGCGUUGCGUUCAACUUCUUGCCAUCUUCCUCAUAAUAUGCUCUCUACAGCUGGUUCUAGCAGAUGAUGAACCUGAACCCACCUGCACGAUAGCCAUAGAGAAUACCGGAAAUAUUAUCGACCUACGCAAAUUACGAAGAGAUUCAGGAGAUGACUGGGAAGUUACGAACGACAACAGUGAAGUUCAAUACAAAUUAAACGUGUGUAAUACCAUCAAUCAACAAAAAGAACUGACAGGAAUGGGAGCAUACGUCAAAGAAUAUAAAGAGAUUUAUGGUUUAGGGAGAUAUUCUGACAAACUAGAAUAUCGUAAUAAUAAGGCGAUACUGACUUAUAAAAAUGGAGAUCCAUGUAUCUCUGGUUCCCGUCGCACCAGUAUAAUAUUCUUCAGCUGCGAUAGAUCAGUCGACGAGUCUAACGCACCUGUAUUCGUAACGGACUUAAAUCAAUGUGUAUAUGUCUUCGAAUGGCGAACGCCAGUGGCAUGUCCUGUGCCGAAAAAUCAAGAAGGCAUAACAGGUGUAGGGUUAUUCUUUAUCAUAUUCCUCAUUGCGCUACUCGUUUAUUUCGUAGGUGGGAUUUUUUAUAAUCGUAUGGUGCAUCAUGCUUCCGGAGUUUCACAAAUACCCAAUUCCGGUUUCUGGAAAGAAGCCUGGUACUUCGUCAGG